CCCAACAAAUGAGGAGGAGAUACUGUACACCAUGUGAAAGGUCCAUCUCCAUUCCUCAAUAUAACAUAUAAAUCUAACAGUACUAUUCCCCUCUCCUCAUUAUGACGGUCAGUAAUUGCAAGCACAAGCAACAUGGGGGAGCUCCGGAAGGGGCAGAGAAGCUGCUGUUGAAAUUUUUUUAGGCGUCCUACCUUAAAAAUCUUCAAGUGGCAAAACUAUAGGAGAAUAUGUUUCUAUGUAUGUUAUUGCCACUCAAGCUUUCCAGAUGUUUUUUUGGGGUUUAGGGUGAAGAACGGAAAGACAUCAAAGUUGAUAUUAAAGAGGAAGAAGAAGAAGAGAGGUUGGUGAGUGGAGAUCAGCAGUCUAUGGAAGAGGAAGGUCCUCUGUACUCCAGGGAUUCAACACAGGAAAAACAAAGCACCCCUCACCAUGUUGAGGGUGAGGAACUGAAAGACAUCAAAGUUGAGGAAGAAGAAGAGAGGUUGGUGAGUGGAGAUCAGCAGUCUAUGGAGGAGGGGGAGAUGAUCAUGAAAUGUAAACAGGAGGAAUCUUCUCUACAUAUAGACACAAAUGGACACUAUGUUUGGAAUGGGAAAAUCGCUGAGGGACAUCGUAUUUUAUCUCCACCUUAUAAUACAGAAGACAAUGGAAUUGCACAAUAUUCUCCAGGAUUAAAUUCUAUUACUGAACAUACAAAUCACAAACCUUUCCCUUCUGAGGGAUCAAUGGAUCCUUCUAAUCCUGAGGGAUCUUCUGAUACAUCACACACUGUUCCUCCAGAUGCCCUUCUGAGAUUUCACAGUACAGAUCCAUCAACAGAUCCAUCUAAUCCCACAAAAAUGUCUUUAAGCCUUAAAGGAGUUCACACAGGAGAACAUUCUUUCCCAUGUUUGAUGUGUGGGAAAUCCUUCACUGAAAAUGAAGCCCUUCUUAUACACCAGAGAAGUCACACAGAAGAGCGUCCUUUCUCGUGUUCAGAGUGCGGGAAGUGUUAUAGUAAGAGAAAAGUACUUCUAAUGCACCAAAGAAUUCAUAAGGGCGAGCGUCCUUUCCAAUGUGCCGAGUGCGGGAAGAGCUUCAUUACGAACGGAAGGCUUCUUGAACACCUGAGAAUUCACACGGGUGAGCGUCCUUUCUCAUGUACGGAGUGUGGGAAAUCUUUCACUAUGAAAAGAGACCUCCUUCAACACCAGAAAAUUCACACGAACGUACGUCCUUUCUCAUGUUUAGAGUGCGGGAAAUGUUACUAUCGCAAAUCUGAACUCCUCAUACAUCAAAGAAUACACACGGGGGAGCGUCCUUUCUCGUGUCCGGAGUGUGGGAAAUGUUUCUAUCGCAAAUCAUGCCUAUAUCGACACCAGAGAAGUCACACAACUGAACGUUCCUUCUUAUGUUCAGAGUGCGGAAAAUCCUUCACUGACCAUGGUAGCCUUCUUAGACAUUGGAAAAUUCACACUGGCGAGCGCCCUUUCACAUGUUCAGAGUGCGGGAAAUCUUUCACCAUGAAGGCAGAUCUUCUUAAACAUGAGAAAAUUCACACAGAUACGCGCCCCUUCUCAUGUUCAGAGUGCGGGAAAGGUUACAUUGACCAAAGAGACCUUCUCAAUCACCAGAGAAGUCACACGGGCGAGCGUCCUUUCUCAUGUUCGGAGUGCGGGAAGACUUAUGUUCAAAAAGGAGACCUUCUUAAACACCAGAGAAUUCACACAGGUAAGCGUCCGUUCUCGUGUGCAGAGUGCGGGAAAAGUUUCAUCGCCAAAAGAGACUUCCUCAGUCACCAGAGAAGUCACACAGGCGAGCGUCCCUUUUCCUGUUCGGAGUGCUUGAAAUCUUUCUCUAUGAAAGGAGACCUUCUUAAACACCAGAGGAUUCACACCGGAGAGCGUCCCUACUUAUGUCUAGAGUGCGGGAAAACUUUCACUAUAAAAAAAGACCUCCUUGGACACCAAAGAAGUCACACGGGUGAGCGCCCUUAUUCGUGUUCAAAGUGCGAGAAAUGUUUUAUACAAAAAAGAAGCCUAACUAGACAUCAGAGAGUCCACAUACCUGCUGACUCUGUUGAAACAUCUACGUAGGGUUACAACACAAUUUUCCAGGCCAUAGAACAACCAGGGGAAUUUUCCGGGCCACAGAACAACUGGGGGAAAUUUCCGGGCCACAGAACAACUGGUGGACUUUUGGACUCUUUUGUCUUGGAGACUCCAGUGCUAAAAUCUCUUCCUGCCCACACUGGGGUCUCCUUUCCUUUCCAAAAUAUAAAAUACAAGUCCAGCAGGGAGAGGGCCCCUCGUUUUGGGCGUGGCUUUAACGCAGACCUGGGAACUCGAAAAAUCGAACAUACUAGAGAACAGUUGUGAGUGAGGGAGCCUCGGGUUCUCCAGGGGUGAGAUUGUGUAAGGGCCCAUGUAAUGCAUUGUGCAAGUCAAGAUUUUUGCAGGUAAUAAAAGUUUUGGGUGUGCGUGCCUCAGAUUAUAGUAAUAUAGACCCCCACUCAUAUAGAUAACACAACAGCGCUGACCCCACAAAGGUGGGUAACACACUAGCAAUAUUGACCAUACAUAGGGCAACAGUUGGGCAAUCGUGACAAUAGGUGGGGCAACAGUUGGGAAAUCCUGACUAUACAUGGGGCAACAGUUGAGAAAUCUUGACUAUACAUGGGGCAACAGUUGGGCAUCAUGACUAUACAUGGGGCAAAAGUUGAGAAAUCUUGACUAUACAUGGGGCAACAGUUGGGCAAUCAUGACCAUACAUGGGGCAACAGUUGAGCAAUCUUGACUAUACAUGGGGCAACAGUUGGGUAUUAUGACUAUACAUGGGGUAAAAGUUGAGAAAUCUUGACUAUACAUGGGGCAACAGUUGAGCAAUCAUGACCAUAUUUUGGGCAACAGUUGGGCAAUCAUGGCCAUACAUGGGGAAACAGUUGGGCAAUCAUGACCAUACAUGGGGAAACAGUUGGGAAAUCAUGACCAUACAUGGGGAAACAGUUGGAAAAUCAUGACCAUACAUGGGGCAACAGUUGGGCAAUCAUUACCAUACAUGGGGCAACAGUUGGGCAAUCCUGACCAAAUACAUGGGGCAACAGUUGGGCAGUUAUGACCAUACGUGAGGCAAAAGUUGGGCAAUCAUGACCAUACAUGGGGCAACAGUUGGGCAAUCCUGACCAUACAUGGGGAAACAGUUGGGCAGUUAUGACCAUACAUGGGGAAACAAUUGGAGAAAUCAUGGCCAUACGUUAGGCAACAGUUGGCCAAUCAUGACAGUUCAAGGGGAAACUCUCCUACAAUGCAGACAACAAAGAAGCAACGACAACGGUAAAUAGCUAAGACCAAUAGGGGAACAUCCAAUCAGAAUGUAUCUUUCAUCAAUGGAGUUUUUUAUAGGUUGCUGUUGACUGCUAUUUUAAUGAUCCAGCUAAUGUAGAAUUCUUAAUAAAUGAAUAUUUUUUA